AUGCGCUUACCUCAAUGCGGAUUGACUACUACUACUACUACUACUACUACUACUACUACUACUACUACUACUACUACUACUACUACUACUACUACUACUACUACUACUACUACUACUACUACUACUACUACUACUACUACUACUACUACUACUACUACUACUACUACUACUACUACUACUACUACUACUACUACUACUACUACUACUACUACUACUACUACUACUGCUACUACUACUACUACUACUACUACUACUACUACUACUACUACUGCUACUACUACUACUACUACUGCUACUACUACUACUACUACUACUACUGGGAGCAAUAACAAUUCUAUUGUCAUGACAACGAAGGUGUAUAGAUGA